CUUGGCCUCGUACAAUGGAAGUAAAUGCGAAUCGUUCUGUUUAUCGAUGCAACUGCAUUUUGAUUAUUUAUUAAACUACUACUGCAUCUAAAUUAACAAGUGCAAUUGUAUCGAGGUUUUGACAGGUGCGGUUGUGUUGAAAUUUUGAAUUGGAAUAUAUCAGAUGGUUUUUGUGUCUGGGUGUUCUGUGCACUGUCUUGUGCAGUUAAGAGACAUCACACACAAAUAAUCUUACUAUUGUUUUGUGCUGUCCUAUUAUACUUUUUUUCCGAGAAUGAUUGUCUUUUGCUCUAUGUGGCCUUUCUUUUGUCCUAUUAUACUUGUGAGGAGAAAUACUUUUUUUUGUCUUUUGCUUUAUGUCGCCUUUGAUCUUAUUCAAGUAAUCCUCUGAAUCUUUUAUUUGCUGUUGCCACUCGAUUCUUGUCUGUUUCUUUGCAAAACUGUUCUGUGAACAGUGACUCAGCAACGUAGAGUACCACAUUAAUUUGCAACGAGGUGAGUCACACAUAGCCGUUACCAUAUAAAUUAUCGGUCCUAUAUUAUUCAUGCUCCUGGAUUCAGUCAUAUAUGUAUUUUCUUGGCCUUGAUGAUUCAAUAAUUUUUAUGAUGCUUUACUUCAUGGCCGCCGCAAGUUUGCAUCGCUGAUUGCUAAGUUAGCUACCACACAUUAUAUGAUCUCAAGCAUUUGUCUUAUGUCGCCUCAAAUUUUGUUUCACAUUGUUCUCUGAGUCAUUGUUUUGCACUUCUGCUAUUGCCACCGAGUCCUCUGAUUUAAUGCCAAUGCAGCUUCUCAGGUAUCUGAGAACUGCCUGCUACAUCUAAAUAAUAUCCAUACCUUGGUUGCUCCCUCUCAGAAUUCGAAAAGUACCCAACUCUAUACAUUGACUGUUGUGAAGAUCCUGAACACCAUUAUUUGCAAGCUACUUGAUACAGGUUCGGUUCUUGAUGAGAUGGAACCUGAAACUGUAUCUGUUGUAGUCUUGUAGAUAAGGCUGACAGCAGCAAGACUUGUGUGAUUGAUGUGUGUGUUUGUGAUGUGUGCGUUGGAACUUAGCUGUGAGUGUAGAGACGGUAUCCACCAGCCGGAAUAAUCUAAUAAUGUCACUUGUGUACUCAAUACAAGUACUCAAUCAUGCAUAUAUAUCGAGCAUGCAAUGCAGGAGUAAUUUGAUUCGACUAAUGAUGUUUGUAGUAUGCCUAUAUGCACAUUCCCGUGUCAUUUUAUUUGUCAUACACUUUAGGGUAUAUGCACAAUCUCACUGAAAAGUUUAGAUCCCAUCUGGAUUCUUCAACGAUGCAGCUUUGGUCUUCCAUUGGAACAUGAAUUAAAUGGUUUCGCCUGCAGUGUCAUUCUUCAGUGGUAAUUGAAGGGAUCUUGUUUUCUCUGGAAUGUCCAUGAAUACCACUGAAGAAAAGGGGGAGGAAACGACUUUACUCUGUAAUAAUCUGAAGUCAGUUUUGUAUUGUCUGGUCCAUACAUCAUAUCAGUGAAUUGGUUACUAAAUUAUGUUUAUCUAGCUUCUGGAUGAUUUAAGAGUACACCAUUUCUUGCUGUUGCUUGGCCUCAUACAAUGGAAAUAAAUACAGACGGUUCUUUUUAUCGAUGGAACUACAUUUUGAUUAUUUAUUAAACUACUUGCAUCUAAAUUAACAACUGCAAUUGUAUCGAAGUCCUAAAUUUGAUGUCUGAGAUGCUCUUUGUACCUGAGUGUUCCAGGCACUAGCUUGUGCAGUUAGAGACAUCACACACAGCAAGUAGUCUUAGGUUGCUGUUUAUUUUACUUGUGAGGAGAAAGGCUAUUGUUUUAUUGUAUUGAAGUCCUAAAUAUGCUGCUAUUUGAAUCUUUCCUUUGCUGUUGCCACUGGACUCUUGUCUGGUACUACAUUCUGUGAGCAGUGACUCAGCACUGUACAGUACUACAUUGUUUUGCAACAAUGUGAGCCUCAUAGAGACGUUACGAUUCAUAUUUUUGGCCCUUAGUAUUAUUCAUGUUCUUGGCUUCAGUCAUUUGUAUUCUCGUGGCUUGAUGAUUCGUAUUUGUCAUUCCUACUCAGCGCUUACUGGCUGUAAUAGUGUGAUGAUGGUUUGCAUCGCUGAUUGCUAAGCCAGCUAGGACGCAUUAUUGUUAAACUCAAUUAUUUCUCUUAUGCCGCCUCAAGUUUAUUCCACAUUGUUUGUCUGAGUCAGUGUUUGCAGAUCACAACUCUAAAUAUUGACAGUUUUGAAGAUUUUGGACACCAAUAUUUGUAGAUCACCAGCUACUCGAUACAGGUUCGGUUGUUGAUGAAAUUGAAUCUGAAACUUGAUCUAUCCGUUGUACAUAUAUAAGUUGCCAGCAGCAAGACUUGUGUGUGAUUGACGUGUGUGUUUUAACUGUUUAUGAUGGGAGAAGAGUUGAGCUGAAAGAUGAUGAUGAGGCUAAUGCAGAAACCAUUUCAGCCUGUUCAAUUCAGCCCUUUUUUUAGGUCUUUACCAUGCAAUGAAAAGAAGGGUAUUUGAAAUUUUGAAGUGACACUAACAUUUGUAUUAGCUUAAAGAAGUACUACAACCUAUUUGCCAAAUUAUAGUGCAUAGAAUUAUUUUUUCUAUAGUCAAACUUUUGACCAAGUUUAUGUAUACAAAAACAAUAAUUUACAAUACUAAAUAUCAUAUAAAAAUAUAUCUCAUGAUGAAUCUAAUGGUAAUAUGAAUGUUGAUAAUUUAUUUAUAAACUUCGUCAAAAUUUAAGGAUGACCUUGAAAAGAACUUAUAUGCACUAUAAUCUGGACUUCUGGAAGGGGUAAUUAUGUUUUAUUCAGCAGAUUUCUCAUCGGAGAUGCCGUUAAUUAAUUAUCGUUGGUUGGUGAGUGCUCGGCGUUGGAACCUAGCUGCGGGUGUAAAGCCGGCAUCUACGAGCCAGAAUAAUCACACAACGUCACAUGUGCAGGCUACGCACCAGCCAGACAUGCAAUGCGCGAGGUACUAGCAAAUCAAUGGCGAUAGCAGUGGGAGUAGGUGUGGGUGAGUGGGCAUGGUGGCUGGCCCUCACCCUCGGCGCCGUCCCGCUGCUCUGCCUCGCCGUCUGGCACUCCGCCGACGCGUGGUACCAUGCCGCCUUCUUCCUCAGGCACGGUGGCCGGCGCCGCCUCCCGCCGGGCCACAUGGGCCUGCCCUUCCUCGGCGAGACGCUCUCCUUCGUCUGGCACUUCAAGCUCGCGCGCCGCCCGGACGACUUCAUCGCCGCCAAGAGGCGCGCGCACGGCUCCGGGGCCGGCAUCUACCGGACGCACCUCUUCGGCUCCCCCGCCGUCAUCGCGUGCUCUCCGGCGGCCAACAAGUUCGUGUUCCAGUCCGCCGAUAACUUCGGCAUACGGUGGCCGGUGCCGGAGCUCAUCGGCCACAAGUCCAUGGUCAACGUCGAGGGCGCCAGCCACGCCAGGCUUCGUGGGAUCAUCCUCACCGCCAUCAACCGCCCCAGCUCGCUCCGGACCAUCGCCGCCGUCGUGCAGCCGCGUGUUGUGGCGGCGCUGGCCGCGUGGGCAGACAUGGGGACAAUCGUUGCCUCCACCGAGAUCAAGAAAGUGACGUUCGCGAACAUAUUCAAAAUGUUCAUAAGCAUGGAGCCGUCGCCAUUGACGGAGCAGAUCGACCAGUGGUUCGGCAGCCUGAUGGCUGGCCUCAGGGCAUUCCCCUUGGAUUUUCCAGGGACAACAUUUCACCGCGCUCGCAAGUGCCGUCGGAAGCUGAACGCGGUCUUCCGGCAUGAGCUGGAGGCAAGGAAGAAGGUGGACAAGAAGUGUGAUGAUCUCAUGAGCGGGCUGAUGUGCACCGAGGACGAGCAGGGGAAGAGGCUGAGCGAUGAGGAGGUAGUGGACAACAUGGUCAACCUCGUGGUCGCUGGCUACGAAUCCACAGCCAGCGCCAUCAUGUGGGCUACCUACCACCUGGCCAAAUCCCCCGUUGCCCUCGCCAAGCUCCGAGAGGAGAACGUGGCAGUGAGCGAAAGCAAAGGUGGUUCAUUGAUGAUCACCCAUGAUGACCUCCCGAGGAUGAAGUACACGGCGAAGGUGGUGGAGGAGACGAUCCGAAUGGCCAACGUCGCCCCCAUGGUGCACCGCGUGGCGAACCGGGACGUGGAGUAUGGUGGGUACACGAUCCCGGCGGGGUGGCCGGUGCUCGUGUGGGUGAGGUCGCUGCACACCGAUCCAGUCUACUACCAGGACCCCCUCACCUUCAACCCCGACAGAUGGGAUAAACCAGUGAAGCCAGGGACGUACCAGGCAUUUGGUGGCGGAUAUAGGAUUUGCGCUGGCAACAUGCUCGCGAAGUUGCAGAUCACCAUCAUGCUCCAUCACCUCUCCAUUGGUUAUGAAUGGGAGCUAUUGAAUCCUGAUGCGAAGAUCAAUUACCUUCCGCACCCAAGGCCACUGGACGGCGCAGCCAUGACCUUCCGUAAGCUUAGAGCUUGACGGAGAUGCGUUCAAUGUUUUUUUCUAGCUAUGCUAGUGCAUCAAUGUUAAUUCUAUUAGUAUUGUAUGAUCAUAUCAGAACUAUAGCUAGUCUAUCUUUUCCUGGAAAUGACAUUAUCUUUGUAAUAAAAAAUGGGCAUGUUGCUUUUAAAUUUGGACUACAAGGGACAAGACCAUUAUAAGCUA